UUUUUAAGUUAGUGGUUUUAAAGAGCCUUACUGGAGUGUCAGCUUUCUGAAAUGCCACCUAAAAAAGCUGCAACCUCUGAAGUAAUUCCAGAGUCUUCUGAUGCACCCAAGAAAGAUGAAAAAGUGUUGGCAAAAGCCAAAUCAGAUUCCAGCAAGGCACCACCUGUGGCACGGAAACCUGCUCUUCAUCCACCAACAAUGGUCAUGGUGAAAGAAGCGAUUACGGAGUUGGACUCAAGGAAGGGUGUCUCCUUGCAGGCCAUUCGUGGCUACAUAACUGAGAAAUAUCCAUCUGUGGACCCUAUAAGGUUGAAAUACAUGAUACGCAAGGCUCUGAGCAAAGGAAUCGAGGGAGGGGUUUUGGUUAGGCCAACAAACUCAACAGCCACCGGCGCCCAGGGGAGGUUCCGGCUAGCAGUCAGGGCUAAGGUGAAGGCGCCCAAGCUAAAGACCACUGAGAACACGGAUCCCAAUCUAGAGAAGGCUCCACAGACUGCCAAGGCUGGACCCAAGGCCAAGGAGACAGAUGCUGAGAAAAAAAAGCCUGUGACUAAAAAGCAGAAGACUUCAGAGGACGCAAAACCUAAGAAGGCUGCCAAAGUAGCGUCUGCUUCUAAGGUACCUCCUGCUAAGAAGCCUAAGGCCAAGAAGCCUGCCGAGGGGGUGGCCGAGGACCAGUCCAAACCCAAAGCAAAGACCACCAGGGCGGCCAAGGGCGAGGGGGCGAGCGAGGGGGCAGCCAAGACAAAAAAAGUAAAGGCUAAAGCUUCCCAGAAGCCUGCAGCGGGCGGCAACGGUGAGACUGCCCUUCCUAAAACCACAGGGAAACGAGGCAAGAAAGCGGUGGUAGUGGCGGCAGCAGCAGAGUGACUUCACACAGUUCCUCUACAUGUUGGGUUUUAAUAACGCACUUAGUGUUUUGGUAGUUGUCUUGUUCAGUUGUACUGAAUAUAGAUGUUCAUAUUUAGUCAUACUCUUUCUGUAGGCAGGUGCCAUUCAGUGUGGGGGGGGUUGUGGGCUUUGAAUAAAGUGGGUUUUUUUGAAA